AGGCCUGCUCUUUUUUCAGACGGUCCCGGUAGCAGGAGUUAUCAACAAGUUCUGCGUGUCCACAAACAGCGACGAGAAUUUUAUCCUCCAUUGUUCUGCUCAACAACUCAAGACAUUGUGUCAUGUGUGUCAGAUCGCGUAGCCCAGCAGUCAGGUCCGAUCAUCUUUACCACAAGCAGGACGAACGGAUUGGGUGUGAUGGAAAUCAAAGUGUCUGUGGAUAGUCUGCCACGUUUGGUUUGUGGAGUUACAGAUGAGACAACAUGCCAAGAGGUGGUCACCGUGUUGGCUCAAGCCCUGGGCCAGCCUGGGCGCUACAUGUUACGCGAGACCUUCAAAGACUUUGAAAGGUGCAUGGCACCGGAUGAGCGCCCCCUGGAGAUGCUCAGAAAGUAUGGGGAACACGCCAAGGAGGUCCAGCUCACAUUGCUCCACAGCGGGCCUUUAGUUUGCGACGAAAUGAGCCGGGCCAAAGUGGGUCGACACCAGCCUUGUCCGCCACUGCGAAGGAAAGAAGCCAGCACUAGAGUGUGGCGUCGUAGCGGGUCGCUGAAUUUGCAUCGCCAGAGCUUUCCGCUGUCCUGCUUGAGGCGGGACACGGAUCAGAACCACGAGCACUUGAAAAGACCCAAAAGAAAGUCCCUGACCUUCAUGGAAGAGGCCUGGGAAUGGCUGGAGAACCUGGGAAAAACGCAGGUAUAUAGUACCGCAUGUGAUAAAGAUAGCACCAAGAAGACUGGAAAAAAUAAACAUUUUCUGAGUGUCACACUUUCUUCUGUGAGAAAGAGUCCACGUGAUCAGAGCCAAGUUCGAGGUCACAGAAACUCAAAGUUGGACUUGGAUCAAACAUCUUGCUGCAUGGGAACUCAGCAGAAGGUUAAAGAAAAAAACUCCAAGAAAACACAGGGAGAAAAACUCAACAGGAUCUCCGAUUCAAACAGUGAAGCAGAGAAGAAUCUUUUAAGAGAAACUAUCAUAUGCCAGCUAAGUUACCUUCAAAAGCUCCAGGUCCAGAUAGAGGGUGUAGACAAGGAGAUGUUAGAGCUGGAGGAAAGCGAGCGGACCAGAGAAGAGCGGAAGCUGAUUGAAGACGAGAUGGAGCAGAUGUGGUUCUGGGAGAAUGAAUUAGAGGCAGAAGAAGUGUUUGAGAGAGAUUUGGAGGAUCAGUUCCAUGAAAUGAAAGCUAAGAUUGUGGACUGCAAGGCCAAACUGGAGGAAUACAAGACCAACAUGCAACAACUGGACUUGCGUGGCACUCAAAAUGUUGACGCCAAAGAGCGCCGACACGCUGCUGACGACAAUCCGACAAGGGGCUCAAAUUGGCAGCUAUUUGAGACAGAACUGGAUGUAAAUAGUGACAGGAAGUGGCCGCCCAGAAGAAAUUUCAACACCACUUCUGCUUUAUUUCCUCUGAGUCAGAUAAAGGAGCGCCGGCCCACUGGGCCAACUGAGCUCAGGGAGUGGUGGGCACGCUGGUCUGCAGUCCAAAACUCCAAAUCAAGCAUAAAGAAGACUGAGAUCCACCGCUCUGAACUCACAAUUUAUUUGGGUGGUACCAAAGAUUAA